CCACUCGCGGCUGCGACCGUCGGCCUGACCCGCGAUCGGUCAACGCCGGACAGUCGCUGUAUUUAAGAAGGACACCCCUUCCCCUACGCUGACAUUCGUCGCAUUGCCUGUCUGGAGAUUGGAUCUACAAGUCUACCGGGUCAUUUACAGCGAACAAUUCCGCAACCAUGGGCAACGACAACAACAUCCGUGCAUAUUAUGCACCCACCGGCGGACUGCCGCCGCAGACGCAGCUGCUCACCGACCGUGCCAUGUUCACUGAGGCCUAUACCGUCAUUCCCAAAGGCACCUUCAGCGACAUCGUCACCAGUUUCCUGCCCUUCUGGGAGCAGACGCGGCUGUGGGUGAUCGCCCGUCCGCUCUCGGGCUUCGCCGAGACCUUCUCCCAAUACAUCAUGGAAGUGCAGCCGGGGGGUGGCAGUGACCGCGCCGAACUCGACGAGACCGCCGAGGGGGUGCUGUUUGUUGUGGAAGGCCAAGUCAGCAUCACCCUGGCCGGCGAGACGCACACACUGACCGAGGGGGGAUAUGCGUAUCUGCCUCCGAAAAGCGGGUGGACCCUGCGCAACACGGGCGUGGCGACUGCGCGGUUCCAUUGGAUCCGCAAGGCGUAUGAAGCGGUGGCCGGCCUCGACAUGCCCGACCCACUGUUCCUCAAUGAGAAGGACAUCGUGCCCACGCCGAUGCCCAACACCAACAACGCCUGGGCCACCACGCGCUUUGUCGACCCCAACGACCUGCGCCACGACAUGCACGUCACCAUCGUCACCUUCGAGCCCGGCGGUUCCAUCCCCUUCGCCGAAACCCACGUCAUGGAACACGGCCUGUAUGUCCUCGAGGGCAAAGCCGUCUACCGGCUCAACCAGGACUGGGUCGAGGUCGAAGCCGGCGACUUUAUGUGGUUGCGCGCCUUCUGUCCCCAGGCCUGCUACGCCGGUGGCCCAAGCAAGUUCCGCUAUCUGCUCUACAAGGACGUCAACCGCCACAUGAAGCUGUCGCGAUAGACUCGCAAAGGCCGUGCACGAACGGGGCCGGACCGGAAUAACGACCUUCCGGGCCGGAAGAGGGCAAUGCGGGCAGCCGAGGUUGCAAACAACCAAUCAGCCAGCCGGAAAUCCAAUCAUGAAUUGUAAUGCCACCACACUUUUCUUUUCUCAGCCACAGGAUGUGAGGGAUACACGAACAGUGAUGAUUGAUGUAAAUAAUCAGAUACCACAAACCAUAUAGAAAAAUGCCAAACAGAGAAGACCGCUAUGACGGAAACAACCAGACAGCCGCCUCCCCCCGAGCAGAACGCAGUGCAGUUAUUUGCUAAAUCGACGUCAGGGUGAAAGAGAUGGAGGAAAAGUAAGGGAGUACAGAACUAUGUAUAGCAUUGAGUUGUACAAUAUGAUUAAG